CCUAUAUAUUAAAGUGUAUCUUUAUAUUUAACAAUGUUAUAUUGAUAUAGUUGGUGUGAUUGUACACUGAUAGAAUAUACCAAUAAAGUAAAAAUCAGGUACGGGACCGUGUGAUAGAUUCCAGGAAGGCUUGAUCACCAGAAAAGAAAAUGGCGUCAAGAUGGGGCGAUUUAGGGGAGAUAAGGAUUGCUUUACUCGGAAAAACCGGUGUGGGCAAAAGUCACCUGGGUAACAAUUUACUGCAGCAAAAUGCUUUCAGUGUUUAUGCUGGAUUCGGUAAAAGUGGUAGUUUGUGCUCGUUGUAUGCAGAAAGAAAACUGGACGAUCACACCAACCUGUUUGUUGUGGACACUCCAGGAUUGUUCGACACCAGACAACCCAAUGACAAAACUAAAAAGGAAAUCGUUCGGAGUAUCGCUCUUGCGGCCCCUGGUCCGUUUGUUUAUAUCUUUGUAAUAGCGAUUGGCCGAUUCACGCAAGAAGAGGUAGAUACUAUUGACAUUCUACAGGAAAUAUUGGGAGAUGACGUCAUCAACCAUGUUAUAAUAGUGUUCACCAGAAAAGAUGAUUUGGGCGACAUGCUAAUAAACGAUUUUGUACUAACAUCACCACCAGGGUUACAGAACCUCAUUCAAAAAUGUCACCAGCGCUUUGCCUCCAUCAAUAAUAAGGGGAACAAAGCUUCCUUAAAGGCAGAAACAAGCUAUAUAUUUGAUUUAAUCCAUAAAACUAUUGAAGACAACAAGCAUGUGUACUUCACCAAUCAGAUGUACCAAGAUGCUGAGCAGGUUCUAAAUGAGCGAAGUCAAGAAAUACAGAAAGAAGUAGACAGAAGCAUCAGAGAACUGCGGCAAAAACGAAUAAGUUUGGAAAACAGAGGCAAUGUUGAUACACUGAAGGCACAAAUAUUGGCCAUCGAUUCGGAGAUUGCUGCAAAAAAUUGUAUGCGGCCGAAAAGACGAGCCCAAGAAGAACUCUUACAACAAGACAGCUCACUUCUCGGCAAUUUAUUGGAUAGAAUGAAAUCUGUGUGGAGGUCCUUCAAAACAGUGUUCCAUUAAAAGGCAUGCGGUGACCUUAUUCGGCGGUUCUUUUUAGCACAGUUCUUAGU